AUGAAGAGUUAUCUAUCAUUGAUAUGUCUAUGGUGUAUUGUGGCAGUAAGUAGAGCUGAUUGGGUUCGUGUAUGGGAAGAUAAUUUCGAUUGGAAUGGUGGUGUUGAUACGAACAAAUGGGAUUUCGAUAUUGGUGGACAUGGAUGGGGUAAUAAUGAAGAACAAUUUUAUACACAUAAUCGAAUGGAAAAUGCUCGUUGUGAACUUUUUCCCGGUAGUGGAAAUGGUCGUUUAAUUAUUGAAGCACGUAAAGAAAAUUGGGACAAUGGUCGUCGAUUUACAUCUGCUCGUAUGAAAAGUAAAGGUAAAUGGACAUAUGGUCGUUUACAAAUUCGUGCUUUACUUCCAACUGGUCGUGGUCUUUGGCCCGCUCUUUGGAUGUUACCUGAACGACAAGUUUAUGGAGGUGCUUACUGGCCAGAUAACGGUGAAAUAGAUUUAAUGGAACAAGUUGGUUAUGAUCCAUUACGUAUUCAUUCAACAGUUCAUACACAAGCUAAUAAUCAUAUAUUAGGCACUCAUCCAAGUAAUUCUGUUAUUGUUGGUGAUGCAACAAAUAAUUUUAAAAUCUAUACACUUGAUUGGAAUGUUGAUAAAAUUGAAAUGUUUGUUGGUGAUGAAGCUAAUCCAUUUCAAACAAGAAUUUUCAUUUGGAAUAAACAAGGAGAUUGGACAAAAUGGCCAUUUGAUCAACCAUUUUUUGUUAUUCUUAAUAUUGCUGUUGGUGGUUUUUGGGGUGGUGCACAAGGUUUAGAUGAAAAUAUUUAUCCACGUCGUAUGGAAAUUGAUUGGGUUUAUUUUUAUCAAUGGCGUUAA